AUGUUUUCUGCUACUACCAUCGCUGCUCUCGUUACCGUCGCUACGACCGCUCUCGCUCAGGAGGGCGGCGCAACCGCGUCUUCCGUCGCCGAGCUCAUCGCUCAGCUUCGCACUGCUCCUACUGAGGUCGACCGCCUCAACCUUCUUGACCAAGAGGAUCUGCUCUUCGACUUCAACGGCCGUACUGAAGGUGCUGGCGUUACCGUCGGCGCUGCUGGCCGCACGGUUGCCGCUUCGUCUGCCAACUUCCCCUUCGUGACCGGCCAUGGUGUCUCCAUGACCAUCGGUUACCUCGGUCCCUGCGCUAUGAACAGCCCGCACACUCAUCCCCGUGCCUCCGAGAUCAACUUCUCGCUCAACACUACUCUCCGCGGCGGUGUCCUCGUCGAGAACGGCGCGCGCUUCGCCGAGAUCGACAUCCGCCCCGGCACCGCUACCAUCUUCCCUCAGGGCGCCAUCCACUUCGAAAUGAACCCGUCCUGCGAGGAGGCCAUGUUCGUCGCCGGCUUCAACGGCGAGGACCCCGGUGUUCAGCAGGUCGCCCAGCGCUUCUUCGGCCUUCCCCCGGACAUCGUCGGUGCUACCCUCGGUGGCCUCAGCAUCCAGGAGGUCGCCAACCUCGAGGGCUUCAUCCCCGACAACGUCAUCUACGGCGUUGAGGAGUGCCUGGCGCGCUGCGGCAUUGAGCGCACGCCCCAGGAGACCGCUCAGCGCCAGCCUCGCGUCGAUGCCAACGCUUUCCCCAAGGGCGUCGAGGCGUACAACGUGUACGACUUGAUCGUUGAGGAGGGUGAGACCACUACCGGCGAGCCCGCUGCUGAGGGCGAAGGCGAGGGUGAGGGCGAGGGCGAGACUGAGGAGGGUGCCGGUGAGGAGGGUGAGGGUGAGGAGGAAGAGGAAGGCGAGGGUGAGGGUGAGGAGGCUGAGCCCGAGACCGAAGAAGGUGAGGGCGAAGCCGAGCCCGCUGAGACCGAGGAGGGCGAAGGCGAGGCUGAGACCGAGGAGGGUGAAGGCGAGGCUACUACCGAGGAAGGCGAGGGCGAGGGCGAGACCGAGCCUGCCGAGGGUGAGGAAACCGAGCCCGCUGAGGGUGAGGAGACCGAGCCUGAGACCGAGGAGGGUGCCGGUGAGGAGGGUGCUACUGAGGGUGAGGGUGAGACCGACGCUGAGCCUGAAACCGAGGAGGGCGAGUCCGAGGAGGGUGCCACGGAGGGUGAGGGCGCUACCGAGGGCGAGACCAACGAGGAGGGUGACGCUGAGGAAGGCGCUGAGGGCGAGGGCGAGGCUGAGGAGCCAGAGAGCACCUACACGGUCGUUGUGUCGGUGCUCGCUGCUGAGCCCACUGCCGCUGCUGAGGCAUAA